CAGAGUACAGUUUAUAAUUCACAAGCAGCACUAGCAGACAUACACAGACUCGGAGAUACAAGAAUUUAAUAGUGUCUGAUGACCGCAAAUUCAAGCUCAGGCGGGUGGGUGGCGGUGUCCAGAAAAGGGAUGGAUGGUGGUAGAGGCGGAGGCGGGCGGAGUCCUACCAGAGCUCAUGUGACCGGCGUGAAGUUAAUAAGUUCUUUGGAGCUGUCUCCCCCCUCCCCUCCAUCCAACCAGUUCUCUGCAUCACCGGUCAACUCUGUUAAUACAGAUGGAGAACCUAUCAAGCUACCAGAGAGCCUGGAGUCUCUUCCUAAAUCUGACAAUUUCCCGACCCAGCGGCACCGUUGGAACACAAAUGAGGAAAUUGCAUCAAUGUUAAUCGCCUUCGAUAAACACCACGAUUGGAUGUCUAAAGAGGUGAAAAUCAGACCCAAGUCUGGUUCGAUGCUGCUCUACUCCAGGAAGAAGGUUAGGUACAGGAGGGACGGAUACUGCUGGAAGAAGAGAAAGGACGGAAAGACGACGAGAGAGGACCACAUGAAGCUCAAGGUCCAGGGAAUGGAGUGUAUAUACGGGUGUUAUGUUCAUUCUGCAAUCCUACCCACCUUCCACAGACGUUGCUAUUGGUUGUUACAGAACCCUGAUAUUGUACUGGUACACUACCUGAAUGUCCCCUACCCUGACGACAACAAGCUGCUGGUGACCAACUCCGUUAGUCUCUGGGGAGACAAGAAGGAGUGGACGAAGGAGGAGCUGGUGUCUCAGCUGAAACCAAUGUUCUUCAGUGAAGAGGAACCAGAUAUUAACAGCGAGAUGGAGAUCUCGACUGCCGAGACAGUUGAAGCUAUCGUGGUUCAGCUGCUGGAGAAACAGAGAACUGCUAGAACCCUUGGACACAUGGAGUGUUCAUGUCCGGACUCAACCUGCCUAGACAGUAAAACUUGUGUACAUCAGGCGACUAAACCUGAGAUGCAUCCUGGUACGCAUCAUCGUAGUCGGGGUAGUCGAGGUGGAGGAGGAGGCGGAGGAGGAGGCCAUCACCGGCAUUUAGAAAACAUGAACCAGUUUUUUGAGACUGACCAUAGGUAUUAUCCAGAGAGUUCCAAUUAUUCCCAGGUCUCCUCCACGACUGGGAACCAUGGAAUGAUGCUGGGAGGAGAACGACAUUCUCCGGGUUCGGGACAUUCUACUCCGAGUAGAGGACACACUCCCCUUGUGCUCUCUCUUUCCCAGCUGCAGGGUAGCGCUGGGCUGGUCAUCCUAAACUCAAACUCCGGUCCAACCUCAACCACAUCUAGUAUGUCUCCUUACAACCGGCAAAUAUCUCCGCCUAUCACAAACACGCCCUCCCCCCGCCCCCUCAUCAGCUCAUGUGAGGCAGAUAUAUCCUCAGCUACACGAGGAGAGGUUGGGAGUGUGAGCGCUGCAGUCAACACGCUUACCAACAUACAUGAGUUCAGUUUAGACCUUAACAACGGGAACUUUGAUACAGGAUACUCAGGGCUACAACCUGUCACGGAUAGUUUACUCUCCGGAUCUGAGUCCCGGAAGUCGGAUGAGGAAAGUAUUAAGUCAGAAUCUGACCACGGACCCUUGUUGGACUUCAAGUCUGCCUUCAGCGACCUGGAGAACAAGAACGAUAUGUCCUUCAUUCAUGAAACCCUAGAUCUCACUCAUGAUGACCUGCACCGAACCUUGUCCGCGAACCUACCGUCCUGCAGUGAGCAGGCUCGUCAGAUUCAUCAUCAACACCAGCAGGCCCUUCGGCAUCAUCAACACCAUCAGCUCAACUCCAUGGAGUACCAGGAUCCAAACCAACAGGCUCAUCACAACUCCUUCGACGUGAACCUGGACGCCUUUGAUAUCCUUUCCGACUUCCCUGAGCUGGCCCAUUACGAGGGUGGAUCCAACGGACUAAUUAACAGUGGACAUCCUGGACCCAUGCUAUCUCAGGCUGCUACUAACGUUAACUCCCAUAUUGGAGCAACAAUCAAAACCCGAACCCUGGAGUACAGGGAGAACCUGGUUACCAUCACAGACUAUUCUCCUUCCUGGUCCUACACUGACGGUCAAGAAAAGGUUUUGAUCACUGGUCCCUGGUACAGCCAGUCUUCGGUUUAUCAGAUCUUGUUUGACGGAGAACCCGUCCCAACAACCCUGGUCCAGAGUGGAGUUCUUAGAUGCUACUGCCCAGACCAUCCCGCUGGAGAUGUUAAAAUUGAAGUUGCUUGCGGCGAAACUGUGAUAUGUAAACCUGUGAUAUUCAAAUACAAGCCGAACUUAGCCAAUCCUGGAUCCAGGCUCCAACCUUUCAAGGAGUUUGAUACCAUGGAUUCUAGCCGAGGAAGGAGUGAGCUGGAUCUGAAACGCUGCCUACUGAGUAAACUGGAGAAGCUAGAAAUAUGCUCCUUGGAGCAGGUUCAGCAGAUUUAUGAGGAAAACUUUACCGAGUUUGAAGACCAGUUGGUGACAAUGUGCCAAAAACUGACGACAGAUGAGUGGGGGGAGAAGGGGUUGGGGGGAAUCAAGAUGAGAGAGGAGGGAGGUGGUAUGAAAACGAGGAGUGACGGGUUGGAUUCUGAUACAGAGGAGAGUAUUCUCCACCUAGCUGCUAGCCUAGGGUUGAGCAGGUUAGUCUGCUCCCUACUCCACUGGGCUGCAGAGCGUCCUGGGAAGAGGAUAGGAAGAGAGGUGGAUGCUCUAGCUAAGGAUGGACUAGGAUACACUCCACUGAUGUUGGCAUGUAGAGAGGGACGGAGAGAGGUUGCAACCAUACUCUACCAUUGGAACUCUACAGCAGCAACAAUGAGGAACAAGCAGGGGCAAACCUGUGCUGAGGUUGCUGGAGGAUCCAGGUGUCCUCAGUUCAAGGAGGAGCUGGAGAAGAUGGAGAGGAUGAAGAAAAAUCAGCAAAUUGACUCUUGCUCAGUUUCCAAACAUGGAAAGGAGACCAAGCCCGAGUUCCUAAAGCCCGGAAACAAAUUUAUUAGAAGGAUUGUUCGAGCACCAAGUUUGGAAGGAUAUCUGAGUAUUCCUGGAUCUACUAGACGAAGUCCAAGUCCGCUCCGAAGUCCUGGACUAAGAUCUGUCUCUGCCAGCGUGCGUUCUCUCCGAGCUGGAUCUCCGGCACAAACUAAACAGAGGAAACUUAAACAAAGCAAGAGACCCUCGGUAGACUCCGGUAUCAAUAUAGAUAUGCAACCUGUCAAAACCAAUCACAAGGAGGCCAGACAACUUUCAAAGAAUGACAGAAGUUUGUCUCUACCUUGCUCCGGGUUCCAGAGAACUCUCAACUCUCACGAGAAUAUAACUAUUUACAAAAUUCUACCAACGGGACCGGAAAAACAAACUGAGAACAGCUGUUCCUGUGAUUGUCCCGGAUCCCCAAUCAUUGAUAUCGAGGGUGUAAGCAGUGAAGAUGAGAACGACGACGACAUUCAGGAUACGGAAGACGAGGAGAAGGUGUUUACCCUGGCAGAGCAGUUUCUUGCUGCUAUGCCGGACAGGAUAAAGUUCGACACUACUAGCAUUGAUGAUGAUGAUGAAUCUAUGGAUGGUAUUGAGUGCUAUAGUGCUGGAGGAGCUGACUGUUGUUCUGAAGAUCUCGGUGUAGAAUCAAUGGCAGAUGAUCAAAGUGUUGAUUUUGAAUUUAACUUUGAAGAAGCUUGUCACAGUUACAGAGAUCCAGUAACUCCAAACUCGAGUUUAUCUCCAGCAUCCUUCUCCGUAGAGUCUCCUCGGUCUGCUCUUCAAGAUUCUCCAAGUCCUAAUCUAACCUUCUGCUUUGAUCCUAGAUCCGCUCCAACCACAGCCGGGCUCAGCGAGUUCCUUCAGGCUAAGUGUGAGAAGGACCUAUCCAACCUUACUCUCAAUGAAAGGGAGCAGAGGGAGCUGUAUCAAGCAGCUCAGAUCAUACAGAAGGCUUACAGAUCGUAUAAAGGACGGAAGAAGAGUGAGUGUGAGGAAGGAAGGUUGGACGAGGAGACGGAGAAGGAAGCACGAGCUGCUGUUCUUAUUCAAAACUAUUACCGGAGAUAUAAGCAGUAUUGCUACUGGAAGCAGAUGGCGGCCGCUGCUAGUGUGAUCCAGAAGAACUACAGAAACUACUGCGAGCACAAGAGGUUCAGGAAGAACGAGGAAGCUGCCACCUGUAUCCAGACCUACUACAGGAACUACAGGGAUCAAGGAAGAACUAGGAAAAGGAACUCAGAGGAGAAGGAAGGAACACCAACUUCUGGUUUCAAGCGAACCAUCUGUCAGCGUAGGCAGAACCAAGCAGCGAGGAAGAUUCAACAGUUUAUGCGGAGAACUCAUUUAAACACUAUCAAUGAGGUUUUAAGUCCUCGGAGUGAUAGCUGGUGUGGUAUGAGUAAACCUAUCUAUCAGAGACGGUUCUAUUCUCCGAUCUUUAGUUCAGUUGCAGAGCGCCCGGGAUGUUACGGGUGCAGGAAGAGGGAAGCUCCCGACCCCCGCCAUGCAGUUCCCGCUAAACUACCAGGACACACCCACCCACACUAUCCGACACACCCAUACAUGUUCCAGGGUUGGGGUCAACACUCAGGAGCUAACAAAAUUUAAUUCAACAUCAGAUGAAGAUCUUCCAAAACUUAAAACAUUACGAAAAUUAGUCUGAAGUCGAAGGUCUACAGUCUGCACAAAAAAAAUUCAAGCAUAAUGAAGCAUUUACCCUCACAUCCUUGGUUUAAAAGUACAACAAUUAUUUGGCGAAGACAAAUCUUCGAAAAGUGCUUUUUUGCUGAGUUUUAGUUCCGUGCAAACACUUUGUUAAUAUGGCAAAUUUAGGUUUUACAAAAAUUAACUUGAUUAGAGAAUGUAGAAUUUAUUAAAAGUCAGUUUCUAGGAUUACCAAAGCGAACUAGUCUUGGCUUUAAAUCAGUAUUUAUUUUUAUCAAUUGUAUACUGAUAUACAGGGAUCAAAAUGUUUAAGCGUUUCAUAAGAAUGUCAACAUUUUAAUUGUUAUUAACACAUUUAAUUAAAGCAGGGCAAAGGAAGAUCUAUAAAGUCGUCAUUAUUUUCCGUCUUUGAAUUAUGUUUAGCUGUGCGUGUACUGUACAACCUCAACUUAAAUACAACUGUAAGGGAUUCUUCAGAUAUAUUGGGUCUGCAGGAGGUACCUAUCCAACAGGAGGUACCUAUCCUACAGGAGGUACCUAUCCAACAGGAGGUACCUAUCCAACAAAACGAUGUGUUACCCAAAAGUACGGAUAGUUGGUACGUAAUUGCCACCUACAAUUUAUAAUAUGCAUACGCAAGCGCAAAGCAAUUGAGUCUUUGUCACAGACUCAAAUAUAUAUCUUUGCAACCGGAUGGUGUAAACCUUUGAUAUUUCAACUUUGAUUAUUUGAUUUUACAGAAGCUAUAGUUUGAAGUAUCUAAGGUCAUUAUGUUGAAAAGACAUAGAGAUUAGAAAAUCAGAGUUUGUGGCAAAAACUAAUUUAAUCCUUUGUCAGAUAUUAGCGACUAAGGUAAAAUAUUUGUAAAACAAUAUAUUAUUGAAAGAAUUCUUGCCGGGUCAAAAAUUCAUGUACUUCUUACAUGCAGUACACACACACACGACAUUACUCAAUGACGACUUUUAAUGUAAUUUUUGGUUAUCUACCUCCUCUCUGCAAAU